AGCCUAUUUUGGGAUUCAAGCGGUUUUCUUGGGGCAGCCACUGUGGGGAAAUCGUUCUCCACCAUUGUUUGUGUUUCCGUCAAUUCCGAGCGAAAAAGAUGAUUGAUUGCGUUUUUUGUUUUUCCUUCUUCGCCCAAAUGAAACCAAGAUUUUCCCCCUCCCUCCUGAUCUGAUACUCUUUGGAGGAAGGAGGAGAUGAUAGGAAAAGGGAUAGGGAAAGUUCUCUUUUCGUAAUCGGCCUCAUUGGCGAUAUUUGUCUUCUCCCUUAUUUCACUGGAAUCGUCCAUGGAUCUGAGUGGGCUUUUAGUUCUGUAGGUGGAGAAAAGAAAGCCGAAGGCAAAAAAAAAUGAAAAUAAAAACAAAAUAAAAAGAUGGCUUUUUGCGACCCAUUUCUUGUUCUUUGUUGAAGUCUGGGGAUCUUCUUCUCACGCUUUAGUUCCAGGCCGUCGGAACAAAAGUGUUACUAGAUUUCGAUUUCACGUCCCGGCUCCCUUGGUCUCGUUUUGCUUCGGACAUCCAGACAUUCGUGAGGCUGUAUGUCGCCUCCGGAGGAAAGGUUUUACCGGAUGCCUCUGUAAUCGCUGAUGACUGAGAGAGAGAGAGAGAGAGAGAGAGAGAGAGAGAGAGAGAGGGAGAUUUAUAUUAGAAGCGCUUUCUUGUUUUUGAGUUUCUCAGAAUCUUAUAGAUCUUCAAACCAAGCUUCGCCCGUUUUCUCCUGAUCCCACGAGCCCCACAACUUUUGGAUCUUGGUGUCACGAAAGGGUGGUCGAAAUGUCUUUUAAGAGCCUCGUCCGCGAGCUGAAGGAGAUGAGGGACGGGAUGGGGAGCAUGUCUAGGAGAGGGGGCAGAGGAGGAGGAGCCCCGGAAGGGACGAUGACCGGGCAUGGCCGUGGAUGUGAUCAGCACCCUUGGUCCCAUCAACGGGAUCUGGAGCAGCGGCACCAGCAGCAGCAGCAGCAGGGUAGGUGGGCGAACCUGCCUCCUGAGCUGCUGCUGGACGUCAUCCGGCGGGUGGAGGAAAGCGAGGUGUCGUGGCCGGCGAGGUGGCACGUGCUGGCGUGCGCGGCCGUGUGCCAUUCGUGGCGGGACAUCACGAAGGAAGUGGUCAAACCCCCCCAGCAAUGUGGCCGGAUCACCUUCCCCAUCUCCCUUAAGCAGCCUGGGCCACGAGAUAAUCCAAUUCAAUGCUUCAUCAGAAGGGAGCGAGCGACAUCCACCUUCCGCCUGUACUUGGGUCUCAGCCCAUCACUGCAUGGACAGAACGACAAGCUUUUGCUAGCAGCCCGCAAGAUCAGACGUGCAACGAGCACCGAUUUUGUGAUUUCACUGACCGCCGAUGAUUUCUCUCGAGCUAGCAGUAGCUAUGUUGGAAAAGUGAGGUCGAACUUUCUGGGAACCAAGUUUACAGUUUAUGACAGCCAGCCUCCUUGUGAUGCUGCGGUCUCUUUCGGCAGCCGAUCAACCCGACGGAUCCAUUCCAAGCAAGUUUCACCAAGAGUGCCCGCUGGCAAUUACAACAUCGCUACCAUCGCUUACGAACUCAAUGUCCUGCGAACUCGAGGGCCAAGAAGAAUUCAGUGCACCAUGCAUUCUGUUCCCGUCUCCUCCAUCCAGGAAGGGGGGAGCGUCCCAUUUCCCACCAGUUUCAUUCACUCCAUCAGCGAACAGCUCCCCAGCUUAGCAGUUGCAAAGGGCAAGGAACCUGUGAUCGAUUUUUCUUCCACCAGUCUCACCGAAUCACGGGCACCUGUCCAGACCAAUGGGGCGCCACUCAUGCUAAAGAAUAAAGCCCCGAGAUGGCACGAGCAGCUUCAGUGCUGGUGCUUGAACUUCAGAGGGCGAGUCACGGUGGCUUCCGUCAAGAAUUUCCAGCUCGUGGCUGCCGUGGAUCCUUCCUACCACGUUUCCCUUGCAGAGCAAGAAAAAGUCAUUCUCCAGUUUGGGAAAAUAGGAAAGGACAUUUUCACCAUGGAUUAUCGAUAUCCACUCUCCGCGUUCCAGGCAUUUGCAAUUUGCUUGACGAGCUUCGACACUAAGCCAGCAUGUGAAUAAAGAAACACUCACAGGAGGAAUGAUCGUUUUCAUCAAAUGCUAAUCUUCGCACACAUGCGUGUGUAAUGUGCUCUUGUGCAUUUCCCUGAUCGUCCACCUACAAGUAGAAUCACCUUCGGAGUGAUUCAUUCUCACCAUCGCCUGAAGAACAUUUGUUGUAAGUCAAAUCUUUCCUUUUUUUGUGGCUGAUCAAGGAACUUGACUCAUGAGUAUUAUUCGAAGAGCCUCAAUGUAUGAUAAUACAUUAUCCUAGUUGGUGGUACAAGUAAUUGCUUUGUUAGAAAUCAUUAAGCCUCAUGUAUACGUGGUACAAAUAAUUGCCUUCGCAAUCCAAACUGGAUAUCAUGAAGCUCUUAACGUCGCAAUCAAAGUGCAAGGAUGACCAUUUGCGCUCAUGCCGUGUCAUGAUAUGUUGUAGCUAGAGAAUUUAUAGAUCUUGUUUAUAGAUGUCAGCUUGGUUGGCCAUAGGCCUUGUUUUUAUUUUGUUGUUGUCUCAUCAGAGCUAUAUCGAUGACAACCAUAGCUAAUCAAAUCGUUUCUUCUGCUUGCUCUGCCCUCCUCUGUGUACCAGAGAAGGUUUCUCUGGUACAUACAUCCCUUCUUGGUACUUACCGGAGCAGUCUCCGAAGAUUGGGUUGAUCCUAUCUCAAUCUUCGAUUUAACGGGCGUAGUUGGUUUUGAUGGAAAAGAAGAAGUGAACUCCUGGAUCCCCUUGGCUGCAGGAGCUUUCACGAAGUAGCGAGUUGUUGACGCUCUGCACAUUGCUAUUCACUCCUGUGAUUGAUGCAACUUCAUUGCUCGUCUGAUGAGAUAUUUCGUUCUUACCGUCGCCUUCUUCUGCACUCGGGUGCUCGUCUAUCUGAUGCUCUUUCUGAAUACCUGCCUCUCGUGAUAUCUUGCGUCCGAUGUACAUGGACGCACCUUCAUUCUCACCGGCUAAGGUUAUCAUGCUUGUUGCGUGAUCACUCCCCGCAUGGGGUGAGUGCCUAAUAUUCAGCUUCCGGACAUCCUCACCCUCGCUCUCCUUUUGGAAAUCAUCUCCUCCGAGGAUUGCUGAGGCCCGUGGGAUAUCGGCCACCGACGUAGCGUGCCGUUUUCCUCUGAGACCAUCAGGUUCCCUAGUAUAUGGGGGCUUUGGUUGGUCUUUGAUCCUUUCUUCUGAUUCUUGGCUCCCAUGACUCAUCUCUAUUGUGAUUUCAGUAUCUUCUUUUGUGUUAUCUUCGACAUCCUGUCUAGGUUUUUCCUCCAUUAGAGUUUGCUGUGCAGGUUUGGAGGGUUCUGCAAUUUCCUUUUUCUCGACAUCUGUUUCUAGUUUUUCUUGUAUUGGUUCCAUUUGUAACGGAGCUUGGGCUUGAGAA